AUGGUCGGCACUCACCACCAACUCACACUUGCUUGUCGGCCACGAGUCACAAAUUGCGGAUUCAUAAGCAGGUGCGAAUUGGUGCCGCUCGUAACGACGCUCAACACGGCGGGGCUCUGACCCAACCACUUACCCAACAGCUCCCAGCUUUGCUCCGGGCAGUUCCACAGCACACCGCACACACUCUUGCUCUACCUCACGAUCCGCGCAUUCAAAGACAGACCUCACCUCCACCGCGUUCAUCAACGACAGACCGGAUUCCUGCUGGGCGAUCGAUUCCAAAGCGCACUGUACGAGACGAUCAUAUCGAAGGCAGACAUCAUGGUUAUUGGAACGGUAGCUGGAUGGGCUGGAGCUGGCUUCUUGACCAGGUGCUGGGCUUUGGCUAUUCAGAAGAGAAACAUCUUUGAUGGUGAGUGUUCUCUUGCUCUUCUUUUAGUCUGGCGCGUGCGGCGCAACGCGCUCUUUUGCGAGUACAUCGCAUGUCUUUUGUAAUCAAUAGACCAGCUAGCGAAAAGGGACCUUUGUCUUGAAGGCUUUGCCUUGGCCAGAGCUGGAGACUGCAUGGAUCGUGCAAGCUGCGCACCUUCUCCUCGCACCUAUUUGCAAGCGCAAGUCCAAAAAGGUCCUGACACACCUAGCAUACAUGCUUUCCCACCCAGGUCUUGGUGGUCACGCAGCCUUUAUGGGCGCCUUUGGAGCGAUUGGAUAUUGGGCUUACGGGCUCGAAGAUCGUCAAUUGGAAUUGAUCAAGCAAAAGAAGGAACAGAUUCUGAGAAACAGGGAGAAUUUGGCUGGAAAGCUUAGCGGUGGUGGAGCUCAGGAGGAGGAAUGA